GACGCAUAUCUGCAACUUGUUUGUGAUUAUGCGAAUCUUUGGCAUAGCAAGAACUCCGGUAUAGACUACAGAUCUUCAGGCACAGAUCCAAGAUUCUUCCAUCUUGCACAAAAUUUCUAUUCCCAACUAAUGACUCACACUCCUGAAGGACUCGCUUGUCUAACUCGAACACGAUUGAGUACGAGUCAAUUCUGGAAACUUAGAUACUUGUUCGUUCCAAUUAGCUUCACCCCGACACAUCAGAAUGAUGCACAUGUUGCCGUUUGCGCUAUAUCACCUGAAGCGAAACUUGUAGAUUAUGUAUGCUCUGGAGGUGACAGUGGCUUGCCAGACUCCCCCAGAUCAGACGGGUCAAAUUGCAUACCGGCAGUGUUCGCAUGGCUAGCUGAAUAUAUAGGCAACGAGGAAGGUAGCGCUUUCGUCCCUUCGGAAUGGAGACUUCGAACAAGCGCAGGCAGACUGCAGAACUUAUGGCGAGGAGAUUGCGGUAUAUAUACUGUCACUCAUGCUUUAGCUUUAGCUUUCGGUUAUGGGUUUGGUGAGAAGGUGGGAGCAUUCCCUCGAGACCACCAGCAUCGGAUCAUUAAGCGGAGGAAAAGAUACGUUCAGGACUUGAUGUUUGGCGGUUUCUCGCUGUAUGAAGAAGGGGCAUCGAACUUACAAUACUAUCCCCUCAUCGACGCCAAACCCAAAGCUUUAGAAGAAGAAGACUUCGAAUCUCUACCACAAUCAGUUCUAAGUAAAUUGCCCAAGUGGCUUCGGCCCAGACAUCCCUGCUAUGAAAAAUGUCCAAACAAAACAGUUCUCAAACUACACUGCCAACGGAACAUAAAACUGUAUCCCGGAUAUGAUGCACCAUCUGUUUCUGGCAAAGGUAUCACACUGGAAAAGUUCAUCGGGUGGGUAGAGGAUAUGGAUGACCGGAGGGCGGAGAAAAUUAGGGAGAUCUCGAAGGCAGGAUGUCGGGUUGAGUGGAUUGAUCCGAGGAGUUCGAACCAAAGAGUUACGCCCAGACAUGCUUUGUGGGUGAAGUGAUGAGAUAGCAACGAAGGGAUAGUAAAUACCUGGGCUUGACAUGUUGUAUAUAUAGGUAGAUAUAGAUGAAUUGAGAAGCAG